AUGGCUGCUGGCGUGAGAGAUUUGCCUGACUCUUCAAUAUCUUCGUUGAACUUGCCUAGUGUUGAAGGUGAUGCUAUCAAAGUUUUUGUAAGGGUGCGUCCCCCUUCAGACAGAUCUGCAUUAACCGAUGGAGAUCAUGGCCUGUGUUUAUCUGUCCUUUCAUCAAAUACCAUCCGCCUGCAUUCAAAGCCUGAGCCAAAGAUCUUCACUUUUGAUUAUGUUGCAAAUAUGGAAACAACACAGGAGUCUGUGUUCUCAAGUGCAGCUAAAAACAUUGUUGAAUCUUGUAUGAAUGGCUACAAUGGAACCAUCUUUGCAUAUGGCCAGACUGGAUCAGGAAAAACCUUUACUAUGAUGGGACCAUCUGAUCAUCAUAAUUUCACUCACAAUCUGAGAGGUGUAAUUCCACGGAGCUUUGAAUACUUAUUUUUUCUAAUCGAGCGGGAAAAGGAAAAGGCUGGCAGUGGAAGAAGUUUUCUCUGCAAAUGUUCAUUUAUUGAAAUCUACAAUGAACAGAUAUUUGACUUGCUAGAUUCUGCUUCGGCUGGACUCCUCCUCAGAGAACACAUCAAGAAGGGAGUCUUUGUUGAUGGUGCUGUUGAACAGGUGGUGUCAUCUGCUGCUGAGGCAUACCAGGUAUUAACCAGGGGCUGGAGAAACCGUCGUGUAGCAUCGACCUCCAUGAACAGAGAAUCCUCCAGAUCACAUGCAGUUUUCACUAUCACAGUGGAAUCCAUGGAGAAAAGUGAUGAGGUUGUUAACAUUCGGUCUUCCCUGCUCAACCUGGUAGACUUGGCAGGAUCUGAGAGACAGAAAGGCACCCAUACCGAAGGACAGAGGUUAAAGGAAGCAGGUAACAUCAAUCGAUCACUAAGCUGCCUGGGCCAAGUAAUCACAGCACUUGUUGAUGUGGGCAAUGGCAAACAGAGACACAUUUGUUACCGGGAUUCCAAGCUCACUUUUCUGCUACAGGAUUCUCUUGGUGGUAAUGCAAAAACGUGUAUAAUUGCAAAUGUUCACCCAGGAUCCAAGUAUUUUGGUGAAACACUGUCCACUCUUAAUUUUGCUCAGAGAGCAAAGUUGAUUAAAAACAAGGCUGUAAUAAAUGAAGAUACACAAGGAAAUGUGAGCCAGCUGCAAGCUGAGGUCAAGAAGUUGAAAAAGCAACUUGCUCAACUAACUUCAGUGUCAUCUGUGUGCAGUAUUUCUGUAUCACAAGAUGCUGUUGACAAAGGGAAGAACAACACAAAUUACAUGAACAACUUUCUUGAGGCAAUGUUGUUCUGGGAGAAAUCAGAAGGUGAAAAGAAGAAUUUAUUAGAAAAAGUUGCACAGCUAGAAGAACUGUGUGCCAAGAAGGAAAAAUUUGUUCAGUCUAACAAAAUGAUAAUUAAAUUCCGGGAAGACCAUAUUGUUCGCUUGGAGAGAUUACAUAAAGAAGCUGGGGGAAUUUUAUUGCCAAAAGAGCAAGACGAUCUCCUCAGUGAUUUGAGGGAGGAAGUGCAGAUACUCAAAGAACAGAUGGAACGACACCCACGAAUUGCAAAGUAUGCCAUGGAGAACCAUAAUCUCAGAGAGGAGAAUAAAAAACUUCGUUCUUUACAGUCAGUUAAAAAGGCUCAAGAAAUUGAUGCUCAGACUAUUGCGGAGUUAAAAAAAGCUUUUCUGGAAGCUUCAACCACAGAGAGAAGUACUGGAGGUCACCGCUUAUAUUGCACCACCACGUCAGUAGAAGGCAACUCACUGGCAUCUGUUGAAAGGCUGAAAGCUCGUCUGCUACAGACCCAAGCUGAACUGGCAACUUCAAAGCAAGAAUACGAAGAAUUUAAAGAGCUAACCAAGAAAAAAGAGAUGGAACUGGAAUCAGAGCUUCAAUCCCUUCAGAAAGCAAACCAGCAUCUUGAAAACAUUCUGGAGGCAACCAAAGCACAAAAGCGCCAAGAAAUUGCUCAGCUACAUAAGCUACAUAGAGAAAAUCUUAAGAGCAUAACCACUCCAACUAAAGCUUACCAGCUGAGGUCUCGCCUUGUGCCACGAGUAAGUCCAGACUAUAAUUUUGAAGAUUUUCAGUAUUCUGAAGAGAUGAUGGAUGACAUGCUAAAAGAACCAGUUCUUCCAGAGAUGAGUGAGAAAGCAUGUGAAGCCUUUGCUGAGGAGCUCAAAGUAGCACAGGAGCAACUGAGCACAAUGCAGACAAAGCUGGAUGAAGAGGAAAGCAAGAAUAUAAAACUCCAGCAGCAUAUUAAUAAACUGGAGCAUCACUCUGCACAAAUACAGGAGCUUCUUUCAUCUGAAAGGAAUGCCUGGAGUAAAGAGCGCCAGGAGCUCCUUGAACACACAAAAUCACUUGAAAAGCAGCUUCAAGAAAGUCAAAACAAUGCUGAUCUAUUAAAAAGUGAGGUCCAUGACUUGCGCAUUGUCCUGCACUCUGCAGACAAAGAGCUGUCUGCUGUAAAAGUGGAAUAUAAUGCCUUUAGGGAAAAGCAAGAGAAAGAAAUACAUCAGCUUUCUGAUAGACAUAUGGAUGUACAGUUCCAGCUGGACAAUGUCAGGCUAGAACAUGAAAAGAUUCUUGAAGAAAAGGCAAGCUUGCAGGAUGACUACGACAAUUUGCAGGAGGUAGCCAAGUUUGAGACGGACCAGCUGAAGCAACAACUUGAGGACAGGAAGCAAGAAGCAGAAGCAAUGAAAACUGAACUUUGUAACCUUUUGCAGCUUCUGAAAACAGAAAAAGAACACAAUGAAAAACUAACAUUGCAAUUACAUGAGGAUAAAGAAAGCAAUUCAAGGGAGUUCUUGAAAGUACUUGAAGAAGCAGAGGUGGAGAAACCAUUUUCAGAAAUGGUGACACAGUGUGAACAACAGGAAGCCAAACUGAGGAUGUUGGAACAGGAACUGACUGCUGCUGAAGAGACUAUUGCUUCUUUGAAGAAGACAAAUGAUACAGAUAAGGAAGUUGUAGCUGACUUGAUGAGACAGAUCCAGGAGCUGAGGUCUUCAAUUAAUCAAAAAACUGAGUCCAUAGAUGGGCUGACAAGAGAGCUUGAGGAUAUAAAUUACAAGUAUAAUAUUGUUCUGGCUGCAAAAGAAGAAAGCAAGGGAAUCAUAGAAGAUCAGGAAAAGAAGAUUGAAGAACUGAAGGAAGCCUUGGAAGGAAGAGAAAUAGCUGAUAACAUUGAGAGGGACCUUCUGUGUGAAGAAUUGCAUCAUACUGCUGAUCAGCUGAUAAGUCUGACAGAGGCCUCUAAGAAACACGAUGCAUUGCUCCAGUGUGCACAGGAAGACAUAGCAAAGAAAGAAUCUGUAAUCCAGGAACUCAGGGAACAGUUAGACAAAAUGACAGAGGAACUGGAGAAGAGCAAGAAUGAAUAUGAACUGAAAUUGAGGCAAAUAGAUUGCUUUGUGGAUGCAUCUUCAGUAACAUUUCCUCAGUGUCCAAAAACUCCUCCUAAUUUUGAUGUGAAUUUGGCCAAGCUUUUGGAAACUCAUGAGCAAGAAAUAGCUGAUAGAAGGGCCUCUGCAAUAAAUCUGGAACACCUUGUACAUGAACUGAAUAAAGAACGAAGAGCAAAAAAUGAUGAAAUUCUAAGGCUGAAGGAACAAUUAAAUGAGUUGGACAACUUGCGUCUGGAAAUGCAGAUAUUGGUGGAGAACAACAGGAGUUUACAGAGCCUUGUGGAAGCUCAGAGACCAAGCAAGAACAGUGAUCAGAAACAUCCUGAUGUUCAGCACCUUAAAGAGGAGGAGACUGCUGAAGAUCGACUUGCCAAGAAUAAAGCAGUGGAAGAAUUGCUGAAAAUCAAAGCAGAAUUAGAAGAGACCAAAAAUAUCCUCAGAAAUCAAGAGAAUACCUGUCAUGAAAUGACUCUGGAGAUGGAACGAACAAGGAUUUUGGAGCUCAAAGCAUUUAAUGAAAAAGAAGAAAUUAGAUCAAAACUGGAGGAAGCAUAUGAAGAAAGAUACAAGAUUGAAAAGGAAAUGGAAUUGCUGAGGAAGCAAGUUGAGUCGCUUGCUGAGGAGAAUGGGAAAUUACUUGGUCAUCAAAACCUAAACCAGAAGAUUCAGUAUCUUGUGAGACUGAAGAAACAUAAUGCUAAACUUACAGAGGAGACUGAAAAACUACGAAUUGAAAACGCUUUUUUGAAAGAAUCAAAAAAAAUGUAACAUUUGUAGACAUCAUUAUCAGCUGUAAUGACCCAAAUAAAACUGCAGAGCCAUAUUUUUUUUAAAAAAUAGAAUAAGCAAAAAUCAGUUGUCAAAUUUGACUUUUGUGUGGUUCUGGAAUAGUCAAGUAUUUAGUUUGUAGUUUUUUUUUUUUUUUUGCUGGUAAUAACUCUAAGUGAAGAUUGUUACUCCAGCUCUCUGUGGGCAGCUUUUAAUGAUAUUUUAACACCUUUUUAUAAUUUUUCAAUUUAAAAAACUGAUUCUGUAGAGGUGCCAGGUAAUACUUCCUUGAAACUUCCGUACCUUGCCAAGGAAAACCUUUCUCACUGGAAAUGCAUCUGAAUUUUUGUCUCCUUUUGUGGCUUUAUUCAGGUUCCUACCUCUUCUGGAAAUGCUACAUUUUCCAUCAGAGCCAGAAUUCAGAAAAAUGUGAAUUUAGUAACAGGCUUGUAAAUAGUACUAUAAAUACAUUUUUGGUUUCUGUUUUUUCAUUAUUUGAAAAUAAAAUGCUUUUCAAACCUUUUUCUUCUUAGUGUAGACUUACAGUAUAUAGUGCUUCUAUAGUAGCACUGUAGGAAAUUCUAAGUAUUUUGCAACCAUUUUCUUAUCAAAGAAGUGAAAAAUGUUAGGAAAGAAGAUGUGAAAAUAUGCAGAACAUUUUAGGAGUACAGCAUAAGUUCAUUUAAUCACACGUAAAGAUUUAUUACAAAUAACUAAAAUGUUUGUUAGUGGAACACAAAAUGUUGAUUUCUAUAGCAAUAUCAAACUAGGGGUUUUUUACUGCCACUAACCCUAUCGUUUUGUUUUCUGGCUAAUUCAUACAAUACUAGUUUUGACCACAUGCACGGGGGCAAAAGGGAAUACAGAGGAAAGAUGUGUCUGGUAAAGAGCA